UUGAAAUCUCUUCAAUGGGAUCACAUAUAGUUUUGUAGAAUUCGACUACAUUUUCCCGAUAAUCUUGUUUGUUUGAUCUUCCACCAUUGAAUCAAUACAUUCUUCAUAUAUACUUGUACAAUUCUACUAUUAUACUUUUAUUUCUGGUUUAAUCGAUUGAAUUGCUAUGAAAUCUUCGUCUGGAAGUCUUAUCAAGCGAAAUCGAUCCAGUGAUUUUCCUGAUUCACUAAUUUUAUCCCGUAAGAGACAUAGACCAGUCGUUGCAAACGUAGCAUAUGUACAAAUUAAAAUUCUUGGACUUCCGUUGAUUUCAUCAGUCUCUGGUUCUUCAUUGGGAUCCAUUCGUCUCGAGCCCUUCCGCUCAUAUACUAUAGGCCGUCAUCACUUGAAAUGUGAAUUUGUGUUUGAGGAUAGGAGGGUGAGCAAACGGCACUUCCAGAUUCGGUUUGAUGCAGUGAACAGGAAGGUAUGGAUUGGGGACGGUAUGUGUUUGUCUGACUCAACUGAUUCUUCUAGGGUUUCACUGAAUGGUUUGUUUGUUGAUGGGGUUAAAGUGGCGAGAGGGGAAGCUGUGGAGUUGCGUGAUGCUAGUGAAGUUUCAUUGGUUUGCAGAAAUUUGGAUACUUGUGGAUCCAAUAUGGGUUCUCGGAUUGGGUUUGUUGUACAUAGAAUUGUUUAUAAAGAGGAGGUUAUUGAUGAAGAUGCACAUAAAAUUGGUCUAGAAAGAUCAUUCAUUUCUGAUGUAGAAUGCAAUAGGACUGUUAAGAGGGUGAAUUCUCUUUUGUAUAAAUGUAGACAGGUUCUUGAAAGCACUGAUCCUAUUUCAUGCAUUCAGAAGUGUAUUAUGCGAAGGAAUUACGACAGUUCAAGAAAAAGUAUUGGGAUCUCGACAUUCACUCCAAGCUGUGAUGCAGAAUUUCCAGUGGGAUUGGACUUGAGCGGUGUACAGGUGAUAGCACAAUCAGGUAAAAGCUCACCUGCAGAUCCAGUGAUCCAAAAUUCAAAUGCAGUUCAUGUGGUUCCUGAAUAUUCCCAGAACAGUCAUUUAAAACAUGCUGACAUCCUUGGAGCUAAAGCUGUGAUUGACGUGGCUGCAAAUGGAAUCAAGGACUUGCAUUCAAGUCCAGUGAUCAUGGAGAGCGAUCCCCAGCCUUGUGAGGUGGUGUAUGUUGAUAGUCAGGAAUGUCCUAUUCCACCACCUGGAAGUAAGUUCUGCCUAAACCGCCUUAAAGGUGUCAGCCAAGGACUGCUAGAUCAUCAUGUGGUUUCUUUGCCAGAACUUCUCCAUCCAGUUGAAAGUCUUUCACAAAUUUUCAUUGCAACUUUCACUUGUGAUAUUCUUUGGUUUUUAUCUUACUGCGAAAUAUCUCCUUUCCUGCCUGUAACCGUUGCAUGUCAUGACCGGACGAAGUGCUGGAGUUCAAGUCCUAAUGAAAGGAUUUUGAUGCCUUACUCAGAUUAUCCAAAUGUUACAGUAGUGUAUCCUCCAUUCCCUGAGUCUAUAGCUUUUGGGACGGACCGCAAGAAAUUGGGCAUUGCUUGCCAUCAUCCAAAAUUGUUUGUGCUGCAAAGAGAUGAUUGUAUCAGAGUGGUCAUUACUUCUGCAAACCUGGUCCCAAAGCAAUGGAACAAUGUGACAAAUACUGUUUGGUGGCAAGAUUUUCCUCGCAGAAGUACUCCUGAUUAUGCAGCUCUUUUUGCCGAUUCAUUCGGCACGGAACAUGAAUAUCCAAAAUCUGAUUUUGCUGCUCAGCUGGCUGGAUUUAUUUCUUCUCUUGUUGUGGGUAUACCCUCAAAGGCUCAUUGGGUUACGGAGUUGACAGAAUAUGAAUUUAAGGAAGCAACUGGACACCUGGUUGCUUCAGUAUCUGGGGUUCACAGUCAAAAACCUCUUCCUAUAACAUCAUCAAUGUAUCACUUGCCUGAUGGGUAUUCUGCUACAGGAUUUCACAAAGUGAAGAUUUUAGGUUCCAUUGAUACAAUGGUUGUUGGUCUGGGCCAUCUUUUCCAAUCUAGAGCAGAUUCAACUGGUGCUAAGUUAAAAAAAUUGGCUGAUUUCAUAGGAAGGUGCCGUGAAAAUGAAAAUGGGAUGCUGGAGGUAAUUUUGAGAAGAAAUACAAAUAUCAAAGCUGAUGCGAAUGCUGUGAGUGUCCUUGUCCCAGACCCAGAAGAUAUAUGUGGUCUAGAUGGUGUUCAAAUUGGGUUUCUACCAAGAGAUGUAGCAAAGUGGGUUGCUCCUCUAUCAGAUAGUUCCAUGUUCCGGUUUUCUGGGUACAUAUGCCCCAAAGAAGUUCUUGCAGCUGCUUUAGGAGGAAGUUCCGGCAGGGUCCAACUUAUUUUGUAUGUGUCACAGGGAUCAGCAUUUUCAAACAUAUCAAAGAUUGUAGAAUCCAAACAUACUUUUGCAAUAUGCUGUAUGGUUGCAUUAGUGCAGAGAUGCACAGGCAUUUGGCGACUUCAAGAGGUCUUAAGCCAAUAUAAAUGGCCAGAAGAGCUGGAAACUGAUUUCUUUUUUGGUUCCUCAUCAGUUGGGUCAGUCAAUGCCCAAUUUUUGGCGGCAUUUUCUGCAGCAGCUGGAAAGACUACACCAAAUAUUUGUGAGUCGGAGGAAUCGGACCCAGAUUGGGGGUGCUGGAGUGCUAGUCAGGAAUUAAUUAACCCAUCAAUUAGGAUAAUCUUCCCCACAAUUCAAAGAGUGAUAAACUCAAGUUCUGGAAUCUUUGCUUCAAAAUACAUGCUAUGCUUCUCUGAGAAAACGUGGCAAAGGUUGAAGAACGUCAAUAUACUGCAUGAUGCAGUUCCUUGUCCAAGUGAUAGAGUGGGCAUUCCAAUGCAUGUUAAGGUAGCUCGAAGGCGUUUUCAGUCGAAGAGAGGUGGAGUGCCUUUUGGUUGGGUAUAUUGUGGUUCACAUAACUUUAGUGCAGCAGCUUGGGGACGGCCACUUUCUAGUCCAAAUGGCAUAAGCAAGCUCAAUAGACCUGCAAAAAUAAAUUCUGUGACAGGUUCAAGGCUUCACAUCUCAAACUACGAACUUGGUAUAAUUUUCAUUGUUCCCCCACCGAAUAACACAAAGGAGGAGAAAAGACAUGUAAGCUUGGACGACAUAAUGUUGCCAUUUGUUACACCUGCUCCAAAGUAUAGGGGCAGUGACCGCCCAGCAACAGCGCGGGCUAUGAAAGAAGCAUGGAUUGAUCAGCUUAGCAGACCAGAAAAAGAAAUUGUGGUUGUGGAUGAUAGUGAUGAAUUAAUGGAAGAAGAUGAAGAAGAAGAGGUCCCAGAUGAAGAGGAUGAAGUUACAGAGCAGCCUAAUGGAAUUGAAAAUGAAGAGGAAGGUGAUAAGGCCUAUGCUGAGGUACUUUGGUGUCAAGUAGAUGAUUCUUCUUAAAGUCUCAAGGAAAAGAUGAAAAAAAAAAGCAUUCAUGUGUAAAAAAAAUUUUCACAUCAUCACGAAACCAGUGGUUCAAUUCCCAAUUACAACGCCUUGAUUGAAGUGGGAGUUGGGUUAGUUUUUUCCGGAAAAUAAACUCUGGUUUUCGAAAAGAUAGACUACAUAAUGCAAUGGAGUUGACUAGGAGAUUUCAUAUUCAAAUGAAUUGGAGAUGGAUUUGAAGGCAAAUUCAUAAGUGUUAUGCCCUUGAAGGAGGAGAAAGUGAUCAAAGAUAGUCCAAAAGUAGCAGAAAUCAUUGCUUAUUUUUAUUUUUAAUUGUGUUUUAGACUUUUAAAGAGCAUGUGUUCUAU